AGUGUAAUUAAAUAAUAACAUAAGUAUAUGGUUGAUUGAUUAAAUACUUUUUAACCUUUUUGUUUUGAGACAACAAUUUGAACAAUCCUCGUAUUAAUUUAAUAACGUGAACGAAUGUUUUUCUUCCAAAAAGACAAAUUAGUAAAACGUGUUUAUAUUUAAAGUAUUUAACAGUGAAGUAAAAGUUGUGGUUCGAGUUUUUGAUACGAAAUUCUUUUAUCGGAUAUAAAUAGUGGAAUCAGAGUUAAGUUUGUAGUUGAAACGAGAAAAUGAGUCCGAAUUCCACGAGCUCUCGAGUUAAAAACCAUAAUAAAUAUGAGGAAACCAACGGGAAAACACAAUCCACGUUCAAACAAUUAGCAGAAAAGAAAUUCGUAACAAGAAAUUCACUCAUAAUAGAUUUAUGUGACAACAUACCUCAUAUUGCAGCUAUUCAGAAUUUGUUUACAGCAACAAUUAUUUGUUUAUUUACUAGUAUAUUAGCCAACGAUUAUUUAGUCACCGGACAAAUAAGUUUUGGUUAUCAUCUCAUAUUGAUUUCUUUUGGUAAAUUUCACUUGGCUAUCUUUUUCUGGACCAUUUUUUUCCUGACAACGUGCUUAGUACAUACAAUUUUCAAGAUAUGGGCAGAAAUCAGGAUAAAGUUGAUUCCAAAUAAUAAAUUCGUCCAAAUGUGGGAUAGAGUUUGGUUGGUAAUAUUGGUAUCGUUUUAUAUUCUAGCUUAUCGAAUAUCAUCCAGUUUAACUGUAAUUUACGACAUGCCUAUAGCUUCUUCGUCUAUAAUACUAUUAGAACAGACGAGAUUAUUGAUGAAAAUACAUUCCUACAUUAGACACAAUGCGGAAAAAAUUAUAAAAUACAAACCGCACAGCGAUCAGAAUUUGGAAUAUCCUAAAUUUAAAAACUAUUUGUACUUUUUGUUUGCUCCAACGUUGAUAUACAGGGACGAGUAUCCAAGAACCACAAAAAUUCGAUGGGGCUUUGUUGGGAUUCGUUUGAUUGAAAUAUUCGGAGUUAUCGUUUACCAAUGUUUUAUCUUUCACCGAUUCUUACUGCCGCCAUACCGAGAGUUCGGAUUAAGAAAAUACUCUUGGGCCGAAGUUAUAAUUCCUAUUUUAGAAAAUUCCAUUUGCGGGCUUUUAGUGCUUAUGUCCGGAUGGUACCAAGUACUACAUUCCGUUCAGAAUUUAUUCGCCGAAUUACUCAGAUUCGGCGAUAGACAAUUUUACAUGGAUUGGUGGAAUUGCACCGGUAUAGCCGAUUAUUUCAGGGUGUGGAAUAUCGUCGUCCACGAUUGGUUAUAUACUUAUAUAUACAGAGAUAUAUAUAAUUUAAGUAGUGGUAAUAAAUUUAUGGCAAAAUUAAUGGUAUUUAUCACGUCUGCUGUAGUACACGAAUGGAUUAUAAGCUAUCAGGUGAAAUUUUUUUACCCGGUAGUAUUCUACUGCUAUAUGGCUGCGGUUUGCUUGAGUGUAUUCAAUGUGCCCAAGGUUCGAUGGAUCAACAUAUUAUUUUGGUACGGUAUGGCUUUUGGUUCUGGUUCAAUUCUGAGCUUGUACGUUUUGGAACAUUACGCCAGAACAAACAAUCCCGAUACCGAAUAUUCCAUCAAGUAUUGGUUUUUACCGAGGUGGUAUCUUUGUGAUUGUAUAGUUUAGAUAUAGAAAUCAAAAUGGAAUAAUCUCGUAAGGAAAACCGACAGCCCCUACUUGGUUUGUGAUAUUUUUGAUCAAGGCGAGAAGCCACAAAAAACCAAAUAAUUUUUCUUUUUUCCCGAUGAUUUUUUCUUUCUUUCCAUAUGCCUCCCUUCAGUUUCAAUCUUUUCAUUAUCUACCGUCUAUCUUUAUUUCAAUCUCUUUUUUCCAUCCCUAUUUUCAUUUAUUUUUUCAUUGCUUUCUCUUGUUCUUUAGGAACUUCAUUUUCACAUUUCUUUUCUCUUUUCAUAGCAAAUUCCUCAGUAUUUUGCUCCUUCUUCCUUCCUCCUUCUCUUCUAUUCAUUUCUAGUUAAAUAUCCUUUUCUUUCUCUUAUUCCCCAGAUAUAAUUCCUCUUGUACAUUUUUUUCCGUGUGCUGUUUCUAUUUAUUUUUUUGUUCUUCGAUAUUUUGCCUUUUAUAAUAUUUCCUAUCCCUUUUUUUCUCUUCACAUUUCCCUAUCAAUUUUACAUCUCUUUCUUCUCAUCAUCUUCAUUCACUUCUUUUUUCAUAUAUUUAUUGUUGCACAAUUUUUACACGUUUCUAUCCUUUUUAUCUGUCUUCUCUUCUCUCUCUUGUUCUUUAGAAAGUUUAUUUUCACAUUUCUUUUCUCUUUUCAUAGCAAUUUCCUUAGUAUUUUGCUCCUUCUUCCUUCCUCCUUCUCUUCUAUUUAUUUCUAGUAAGAUAUUUAUAUAUUUUUUAUUUCUUCCUUAUCCUUUUCUUUCUCUUAUUCCCCAGAUAUAAUUCCUCUUGUACAUUUUUUUCGUGUUCUCAUCUCGUUCUGUUUCUAUUUAUUUGUUUGUUUUUCGAUAUUUUGCCAUUUCUACUAUCUCUUUUUUUCUCUUCAAAUUUCCCUAUUAAUUUUACAUCUCUCUCUUCUCAUCAUCCCCUCAUCUCCAUUCACUUCUUUUUUCAUAUAUUUAUUGUUUCACGAUUUUUACACGUUUUUAUCCUUUUUAUCUGUCUUCACUUCUUUAUCUUGUUCUUUAGGAACAUUAAUUUCACAUUUCUUUUCUCUUUUCAUAGCUUUUUGUAAUUAAUUUUCUGUUUAUGGCUCUUAUAUUUUAGCAAUAACUCCAUAGAAAUAUUUCUGUUGUAUUUUACUUCUUCCUCUUUCCUCCGUAUCUCUCGUCUUCUAUUCAUUACUAGUAAAAUUACUUUAUUAUCUUAUUUCUCCCUAUCUAUCUUAACUUUUGUUUUCCAGGAACUUUUUUAUCUUUUUCCAUUUCUUCUUUUUAUGUAUUUGCUUACCUUGUUUUGUUCCACUUCUAUUUCUAAUAUGUUUUCUUUUUCUCAAUUCAGCAUUCAUAUUUGUCUCUCUUAUUGUGCAGAUGUUUGAGACUAUCUAUGACAACUUCCGUAGUAUUUUACUUCUUCAUCCUUCCUCUUCUCUUCUAUUCAUUUCUAGUAACAUAUUCAUAUAUUUUUUUCUUACUUCUUCCUUAUCCUUCUCUUUCUCUUAUUCCCCCAUAUAUCUGUCUUCUAUUCUUUUCUACUCCAAUUUCUUUAUAAUUUUUCUAAUUCAGUAAUAAAUGUGAAAAACCAAAAAAAGUGCUGAAUGAUUUCUGUAGUAUCUUGCGUAUCCCAUUUCCUUUAUCCCUCUUCUCCAAUUUACUUCUAGUUCUAUAUUUAUUUUCCUCUUAUAACUCCUUCAUUCUCCUUUCUCUCUCUUAUUCCUUAGAAACUCUUCUGUUCGUCUUCUUCCAUUCUUCCAAUGUCCAUUUUAUUCGUUAUCGUAUCUCAAACUCUUUUUUUUCUCCUUAUUCUAUUUCAAUCUCUUUUUACAUUUAGUUUACCUUCUUCAUGUCUUUUUGUAUUUUUACCUCCUUCCCAUCCCUUCCAAAAGUGAUAAAAGAAUAUUUAUGUUUAAUUUAGCAAUAAACUAAAUCAGUUUUUACAAAAUACUGAAAUUGAUCAAAAAUAUACAGAAACAUGCGUAAAAAAAUCCAUUUAGCAGAAAUAAUAAUAUAUUGUAUUAUAUUGCCAUAAUCUAAAAAUAAAAUAAAACUGUUUUAUUUUUUAA